AUGUACCAUGCUCAAGAUGGUCCGCUCCUUGAGGGGCCAUCUAGGCAGGUUGAAGAUGCCAACUAUGUUAACAACCCUCAAGGGGGUUACCAAAGACAGAAUUACCAAGGUGGCUAUCAGAGUCAAAAUCAAUGGAGACCACAGCAAGGCCAAGGCCAAGGCCAAGGUGCUUACAACAAUUCUGGCAAAUACAACAAUAAUUUUGGUGGUGGAAAUCACAGGAGCUAUAACAACAGCAACAAUUUUGGGAACAAGAGUACAAAUCCUUAUGUACCACCUAAAGGUGAGUCUUCAGAGCAAGGUAGUUCGAAGGUCGAAGCAAUGCUUGAGCAGAUUCUGGCAAACCAAGCUAAGUCUGACAGAACUUUAUCUGGGCUGACAGAAACAGGGGCUGCUGAGAAGAUGAUUGAUCUUGAGCAAAUAGAUGAAGAGGAUGAGGUGCAGUCCGACACACCCAUCAUUGCUGAUGAGAGGCCUACUGACAAAAAGGUUGCUAAGAUUCCAGAGAUGGUGAGAGAAGCUGAUGACACGAUGGAGUUCAAAAUGGAAGAAGAGAGCUUAAGUGAGGCUUUGGCUGCAGAUAUUAGAGGUAUCCCAUCUGGGAUCUGUGAACACAAAAUUCAAUUGGAGGACGGCAGCAAACCAAGUGUAGAGCAUCAGAGACGACUAAACGAGAACAUGCAAGAGGUUGUCAAGAAAGAGAUUAUCAAAUGGCUAGAUGCAGGCGUGGUUUUCCCUAUUGCUGAUAGUACAUGGGUGAGUCCGGUCCAAUGUGUUCCUAAGAAGGGCGGCAUCACUGUUGUGUCGAAUGCUAAGAAUGAGUUGAUCCCGACCAGAACUGUCACCGGUUGGAGAGUUUGCAUGGAUUAUCGCAAGCUCAACACAGCCACGAGCAAGGACCACUUCCCUAUGCCCUUCAUUGACCAGAUGUUGGAUAGACUAGCAGGGCGUUCUUAUUAUUGUUUCCUUGAUGGUUAUUCGGGCUACAAUCAGAUAAACAUUUCUCUGGAAGAUCAGGAGAAGACCACAUUCACUUGUCCUUAUGGGACAUUUGCAUUCAGCCGGAUGCCUUUUGGGUUGUGUAAUGCACCAGCCACCUUUCAGAGGUGUAUGAUGUCAAUCUUCUCCGACAUGGUGGAGGAUUUCUUGGAGGUGUUCAUGGAUGAUUUUUCCGUGGUGGGUGACUCAUUUGAAGAUUGUCUAGGCCAUCUGGGUCAAGUGCUAAGAAGGUGUGAGGAGACCAAUCUGGUGCUGAACUGGGAGAAAUACCACUUUAUGGUGAAGGAAGGAAUCGUCCUCGGUCACAAAAUCUCCGAAAAGGGAAUCGAGGUCGAUCAAGCGAAAAUUGAUGUGAUUGCAAAACUUCCUCCACCCAUCUCAGUCAAGGGUGUCCGCAGUUUCUUGGGACAUGCUGGGUUCUAUAGGCGCUUCAUCAAAGAUUUCUCCAUGAUCGCAAACCCUAUGUGCAAGCUUCUUGAAAAAGAGGCUAAAUUCGUAUUUGAUGACAAGUGCCAGAAGGCAUUCGAGGAGCUAAAAGAGCGUCUCACUACUGCUCCUAUUAUUAUUGCUCCUGACUGGUCCCUACCAUUCGAACUGAUGUGUGAUGCGAGUGGUUUCGCAAUAGGCGCUGUGCUUGGGCAGAGGCACAAUAAAAUUAUGCACCCGAUCUAUUAUGCUAGCAGAACGCUGAAUGCUGCACAGAUGAAUUACACAGUGACAGAGCAAGAACUGCUUGCCAUUGUGUUUGCUUUCGAAAAAUUUCGGGCCUACUUGUUGGGGUCCAAAGUUGUGGUUUAUACUGAUCAUGCAGCCAUGAGAUACCUCAUGGCAAAGAAGGAAGCAAAGCCGCGACUGAUUAGAUGGGUGCUACUGCUGCAAGAGUUCGAUUUUGAGGUAAAAGACCGAAAGGGCACUGAAAACCAGGUGGCUGACCAUCUCUCUCGGCUUGAAGAAGCUGGGAGACCGACUGACAAGCUUGAUAUAGAUGAUGCUUUUCCAGACGAAAGGGUGUUGGCGGUGUCAAAUGAGGUAGCACCAUGGUAUGCUGAUUUUGCCAAUUAUUUGGUAACAGGUAUAAUUCCCGAUGAUAUCAAAACUUACCAAAAGAAGAAAUUCUUGCGGGAUGCUCGGCAGUACUAUUGGGACGAGCCUUAUUUGUUCCGCACAUGUGCUGAUAACAUCAUUCGGCGUUGUGUGCCAGAAAGUGAAACAAGUGGACAGGUUGAAGUGUCCAAUAGGGAGAUUAAAAGUAUUCUAGCAAAGACCGUGAAUGCCAAUAGAACUGAUUGGGCCCGCAAGCUCGAUGACGCUCUAUGGGCAUACCGGACUGCUUUCAAAACUCCAAUUGGGACUUCACCCUUCAAGCUUGUAUUCGGAAAAGCUUGUCACUUGCCGGUUGAACUUGAACACAAGGCUAUGUGGGCGCUAAAGAAGCUGAACAUGGAUUGGGAGGAAGCAACCAAGCUGAGGUUGUUUCAAUUGAAUGAGAUGGAUGAAUUUCGAUACCAGGCAUAUGAGAGUGCAGCCCUUUAUAAAGAAAGGAUGAAGCAAUACCAUGACAAGAAGAUUCUGAAGCGAGAGUUCUACAAGGGCGACUCUGUAUUACUGUUUAACUCUCGGCUGAAGUUGCUACCGGGUAAACUCAAAUCCAGGUGGUCUGGUCCGUUUGAGGUGGUAGGUACCUCACUCCAUGGCGCGGUUGAAUUGAAGUCCGGAGAUGGAAUAUGUGACAGCAAAAUUCUGCUGAGAUGCAGGAAUGGGUCAGAAAAGACAAGCAGCAAAAGGGGGGCCCACAGCAAAGUCAAGGAAAAGAGAGCACGCUUGGAUUCCAGGUUGAUGGAUGAAUCGUCCACUUCGGAAGGGGAACACUCAGGAUCCGAGUACGCCGAGGUUAUACCACCACCAAAGGUCCGGGGGGCUCCCACCCAAGACACAGUGGCAACCACAUCAACUAUGCCCCCAACUAUGACCCCAUCUAAAUCUACGUCGGAAGCCUCCCAGUCUGAAGAAGGGGAUUCCGACGCGAAAGCAUCUAGCAGGGGGGCUGCCACCCAAACUCCAUCAGAGAGUGACUCAGCAGGGAUUAGUGCGGGUAGUGAGCCGAUUGCUGGUACGCCACCUAAAGGUCGUAAGCUGGUCGUCAGGACCAAAAUAUUGGAUGAAGAGAAGCUGCGGUUCUCGGUAAAAGGGUCAAAGGAGUUGUAUGACCAAGGGAUGGCCGGGUCUGAAACUGAUGGGCAGCCGUCGAGAAAAAUAUUUGAAGAACGGCGGUUGAUAUUCAAUGGUAUUUCCGCUCACCCACAGCUGGAUGAUACCAUCAAAGGAUACAAAUUAGAUGCAUUCACUCAUGAACCGGGAGAGUAUGCUCCAUAUAUUGUGCGAGAAUUCUAUGCAUCCUAUGGGGCCAUCUUGAGAUCGAUGAAAAAGCCAAGUCUUGCCUGGCAUCAGAUCCCAAUGCUGGAACAUGUGACGAUCCGGAACACCUUGGUUGAUAUCUCCUCCAAGGCCAUCAACAGGGUCCUGUUUGGUGAUGAUUUUGUGGCUCCUAUUGAUCUGAGCCUGUUCUUAGACAAACGAGACAGGAAGGACAACAAAUCAGUCAGACAAUGGACUGCAGCACUUAUCACAUCUGAGCCACAUGAGCAGAAAUGGGUUAACGAUGGGAAAGCCAAGAUCACUUAA